AGAGAAAAGGCUUGACAUAACAGACUCACUUUCAUUCCGAUUAUAACUGUUGUGGAUAAGAAUUUGGUUCCCAUUAUCAAUUAACGUUUUAUACCAUUAGUCGCUUUUUUAAAAGGGAUUAUAUACACAGUUCAAAAUGAAGAAAUUAUUUAUGAUGGAUUUGAUAGUGAUUCUAACGGCUAUUUUGUUAACGGUAAAUGGUAUCGAUAUUUCCAUGGAUCAUGCGGAAAGGUAUAAACGUGCUAUUAAACAAGACACAAGCAAAUCAGUAUUUACAACACAGGAGAAAACCAAUCUAGAGAAUAAACAUAAUACAUUAAGACGAAUUCCUUCAUCAACCAACAUGAAAUAUAUGAAAUGGGAUACAACUUUGGAACAGAUAGCUACUGACCAUGCUGCUCUCUGUGAUUUUUCACAUAACUCUGACCGUACUACACAGGCACAGAUAUUUAGCAGUGUUGGUGAAAAUAUAUUUAUGCAGACGGGUGGAUAUGAUGAAGAGUCUGCGGUACAGAUAUGGUAUGAUGAGGAACCUGAUUAUACUUAUAGUACCAAUGAGUGUACCCCUGGUAAAGCAUCUGGACAUUACACACAGGUUGUAUGGGCGGAUACCGAUAAUGUUGGGUGUGGUAUAAAGUUUUGUACAACACUGAUUAUGCCUAGUCCAUCCCCACCAGCCUCAGAUGCCUACUUUAUUGUUUGUAAUUAUGCAACAAGUGGUAACUUUAACGGACAGAAACCAUAUUUAUUAGGAACACCAACAUGUUCGGGAUGUUCGCAAACUUUUACCUGUUUAAAUGGAUUGUGUGCAGUUCCAGAAACCACAGCAAUUCCGACUACAACAACACCAACCACAACUCCUGCCACGACCACGCCUACAACAACGGCGACAACAACAGCUACUUCAACCACGCCAACAACAACACCCACAACAACGCCUACAUCAACACCCACCACGACUACACCUACAACAACACCUACUACGACCACACCUACAACAACACCCACUACCACGCCGACUACAACAACACCGACCACUACUACAUCGACCACUACAACACCCACUAUAACCCCUACAACAAUAACACCCACUACCACGUCCAUUACCACCCCAACAACUUCUACUACCACAACCUCGCCGACGAAAAUAAUCACAACUAUUUCCACGACAACAACUCAAAAACUAUACAUUAUAAGAGGUAGUGCGAGUGGUUUUGAUCAUCUAAGAUCCCCUAGUUUGUGGAUUUUUGUAGUGCUGAUACUUAUUCAUAUCCCCCUUUAAAUGUAGUCAAGAAACAUAAUGUAAGUGGUAACAAGUCUAUAUAUACAAGCCAGAAUAAUUUUUAGUCAUAAAUCAGCUUUUAAUCAUACUAAAUGUUCAAUGUGCACAUUUAGAAAUUCUAACAGUUUAAAAUCUGGUACUUCUUCUUUUAUAAUGUCCAUUGUUUAUCACUCUAUAAUUUUGCUUACUGUCAACUAUGGAAACCUGUUACGGUCUUUUUGAAAUCUUAACGACUAACUCCUUUCUCCAUGAUAUCUCAAUUCUCGCUUUCUUGCAUUUUAAAAUCCUUGGCUCCUCGACUUCUCGCUGUGAGAAACUGGGAUUAUAAAAGAGUCGUAACAAGCUUCCAUCGUACCACAGUAAACAAACUUUAUUUUUGUUAGCCUACCAAAUGCUUGAAAUAUGAAGGUUUGUAAAAUUCCAUAAGUUUGAAGAUGACCAUAAUAUAUCAUGUUUAACUCCCUGCAAAGUUUGGAUAUGGUUUGUUUUAAUAACAAUGAUUAACAAUAGUGUUUCUUUGAUGCCGCUAUAUGUUACAGGGGGCAAUAACUCUUAAUAAGAUCUUAGGUUGGGACAUAAAUAAUUUAAUCGAUGUAGACUACUCCAUUUGUGACAUAAAACCACAGUUGUAGAUUAAUUUCCUAUCGCAGGUGGGGCGGGAAUUUUUAUUACAAAAAUACAGCUCUUAUAAACUUUAAUCGAUUAAAUGCCACUAUUAGAACGCCGGACAGCGCUGAGACAUUAUCCCUGCACCUAAUCAUCGGUUGCCCAUUUCUUUCUCCGAGGAUCACUUCCACCAACGCCGCCACCCCAGUUGUUGACAAGGCUAGAUCCGCGCCUUGAACUGUAUAGCAGCUAAUUAGGGUUUCGUGUUCCAUUAUACUAAUCACGAGAUUCAUAUCGAUUUAAUAAUUACAUACUUUAAUUUACCCUGAAUAUGAUUUAGAUCUAAACAGAUUCUAUUUUCAAUUUAUAAUAACUAUUUACACACAUAUAUUUACACGAUUUUUGUAUACAAAUGUUUAUAAUAAA